AUGAGUCAUCUGUGGAGGCGUGACGUGCCCCUGUCUGAACGGCUAGGAUUAGGUGUCGUUGUUGGAGAGGACUACCCCCUGGUUGUGGCCCCUGGCCCCCCUCCCACUAUGGACCCCCCGGGCCCCAACAUCUCCUGGUUCCCAGAGGCCCCCCUGCUGACCCUGGACCAGCCCACCUUCCUGAUGACCCCCGCUGCCCAGGCCUUGUCGGGCUUCUUCGUCUGGACCGCCCUGCUCUUCACCUGCCACCAGGUAAUAUAAUACACAUUACACACACAGACACACACACACACACUUCCCCAUGUCUCAAAACACACUCAAUCCACUAAAACUGAACACAUUUUGGAGUUUCUGUUGACAUUUGGUGUGCCCAGGCUCGGGGGUCUAGGUGUUGUCUUUCCCUGUAGGCCCUACAGUGUGGGGAGGUUAUUUAACUAGAGGUUCCACCUGGGGUGAUGCUGGAGGAAUAUAUAAUAUAUAAUAUAUAAUAAUAUAAUAAUAAUAUAAUAUAUAUAUAAUAUGCCAUUUAGCAGACGCUUUUAUCCAAAGCGACUUACAGUCAUGCGUGCAUACAUUUUUUGUGUAUGGGUGGUCCCGGGGAUCGAACCCACUACCUUAGCGUUACAAGCGCCGUGCUCUACCAGCUGAGCUACAGAGGAAUAGAUGCAUCUGCUCAGUGCUCAGUCAGAGAGCACAGAUUGCCUAGCAACAACACACAAUCCCUAUUUGUUUAACUGAACAACUCAACACGUACUGCACACACCCACCUUAUGAAAGGUAAUCUCUGUCCUACUGUCUGAAACGAGAAUGAGAGUGUCUGGUGGCUUCUUUAUUUGGGUAGACAAAAGGGGGCAAAACUGAAAAGAUGCCAAGGAGAGUGUGUAGAACAUAUAAUUAGGAAUUAGAAUACUAGAAUGAACAUGAACCUUUUUAUAAUGGUCCAAAGGUCAGCCAUGUUGGUCAGGGUGAACCAUGGUUUGCCAAUGCUGUGAUAAGAUAUUGUGUAAAACAAUGAAUGUGAAGAAUUUAUCUGCACUAUAUGUCUGUUAGCUAGCUAGCCAGCCAGUUUUAGAGGAAUGAUUCCAUUAAUUUUUCAAAUUAACUGCCAAUAUACCAACAUUCCAUUCAGACAAUCCUGUCAGUCCACAGCCAUACACUGGCUCAAAUCAGUUGAUGAUAGGACUUGUAAGUGAAACAAGUAUUGAUAUUGUAUCAUAUAAUAGCACUCACAGCUUUCCAAGAAAAUAAAAUUUGAGACAUUUAUGGUCUGUUUACAUAUAUUUUAGAGGCUAUUUAUACAGACAAUGUGUAUAAAACCCUUAUAAACUGUAUUUAUAAUUAUACACUUAGUGUACAAAACAUUCCUAAUAUUGAGUUGCACCCCCUUUUGCCCUCAGAACAGCCUCAAUUUGUCGGGGCAUGGACUCUACAAGGUGUCGAAAGCGUUCCACAGGGAUGCUGGCCCAUGUUGACUCCAAUGCUUCCCACAGGUGUAUCAAGUUGGCUGGAUGUCCUUUGGGUGGUGAACCAUUCUUGAUACACACGGGAAACUGUUGAGCGUGAAAAACCCAGCAGCGUUGCAGUUCUUGACACACUCAAACUGGUGCGCCUGGUAUCUACUACCAUAACCCGUUCAAAGGCACUUAAAUCCUUUGUCUUGCCCAUUCACCCUCUGAUUGGCACACAUACACAAUCCAUGUCUCAAAGCUUAAAACUCCUUCUUUAACCUGUCUCCUCCCCUUCAUCUACAUUGAUUGAAGUGGAUUUAACAAGUUACAUUAAUAAGGGAUCAUAGCUUUCACCUGGUCAGUCUGUGUCAUUGUAAAGAGCAGGUGUUCUUAAUAUUUUGUUCACUCAAUGUAUGACGAUAUUUUAGGUUGACUAUAAUUCCAUUACACAAUUUCAGAUGCAUUACUUUUAUUUUCCUGUAUAAUUAAAGCAGUAAAUGCAUCACCUAUGCCUCUACUGCCAUUCAUUCCAAUUAGACUGGUUUUAGAUUUCUCCCUGACCAAUAUGGCUGCCAUUUUGCCCCAUAUUGGAACGUUGAGGGUUUAUGACAUAGCCCCUCUAGUAAUUUAAUAGGAUCUCUAUGGUGUAGACAUCACGGUGUUCUUCUGUGAAUUCCCACUGCUCUCACUCCCAUUCCUGUCUCCCUCAGAGGCAGGAUGUUAAUUAGUAACAGGUUGAGAAACUAUGUAAUGCUGCUUUUAUGUCUUGUAAAAUGGGACAAUAGAAAUUGAUGUAAACAUUAAACUCUAUCCCUUUCUAUAUCUUUUUUUUAUCCCCACUCUCCUCUCUCGCUAUAUAUAUACCCUUUCCAUCCAUCUUACUUUCUCUCUCUCUCAGAUCUACAUGCACCUGCGGUACUACAGUUCUCCUAACGAGCAGAGACACAUCGUGCGGAUACUCUUCAUUGUGCCCAUCUAUGCCUUUGACUCCUGGCUCAGCCUCCUCUUCUUCACUAACGAGGAGUACUACGUCUACUUUGACACUGUCAGGGACUGCUAUGAGGGUAAGAGACUACACAUGAGUAGAAUAAAAUAGAGUAGAACAGAAAUGAAUGGCUUCACCAUGGCGAUCAGCUGUAUUGUUAUACUUCCUCACCCAGUGAGCAAAACUGGUUGACCCAGUGAAGAUAUGUAUUUUAAACCAGUUUUGCUCACUGGGCAGGCUGUCUUUGGCUUCCAAUGUCCACACAGGUGGAUUAGAUAAACAGCCACAGGGCAGUGUUUGUGAGAGGGAGUGUGUGUGUAAGUGUUGUUUACCAGUGUGUGGGAGUCAUGGCGCGGCCCCAUGGACAGAUGGCGAACUGCUGAUCUGCCUCUGUGCUGCCUCUUGUUGUUCUGGGGCCUGCCCAGAUUUCUGGGUAGGAAGAACCUGUUGCUGGUACACACACACACGCACACACACGCACACACACACACACGCACACACACGCACACACACACACACAGAGCGAGAACAGAAGACAGAGUCAGCUGUUUAUCUGGUAUGGUUUAUGCAAUAUUCCUAGGUAUACAAUGGUGAAUAUCACAAAUUACAUAGGCCUAAUGUACUUGUAAAAUACCCUUAACUUCUAGAUACUGGUACUCUGCUAUCUGUUAUCUAUGAAUUUAGUCUGGCAGUCUGUGUGGGCUAGUCUGGUCGAGUGUGUGUGAUGUGGUGUCACCCCAGGUCGGUUCUGUUCCUUAAUGUCUAUGGUUCUGUCUGUCUGUCUGUCUGUCUGUGCAUGUGUUAGUAGAGCUGUGCUGCAGAAACAGACACAGAGCGAGAGAGUGAGAGUGAUAGAGAGAGAUGACAGAAUAGCUGAUGCCAGUGCUGCUGCUGCAGAGAAGGAGGUGUGUAUGACAAAUGGGAGCUCACAGCAGCUCUGUUCCCCUGGGUGUACAGGCUAAAUAUAGAGCGGUACACUGUAACACACACUCACACACAUUCUCAUGCAAAUACCAUCACUCACUACACAGUCACACACCCUCACUUAACGGUACAAGUCACCAACAUACACUCUGGCCCAUACCCUCCCAUAUGUUACACACCAACACACACUCGCUUACUGGUUCAAUACACACACAACACACACUCUCACAGAACUGCUGAGCAGUGAAUGAGAACUUUAGAUUCCCCCUUCAGGGGUUAAUAGUGAUGUAUAGCUUAUUAGUCAUAUACAGUGAGUGCCUCAGGGUUGGGCUUUUCCUCAUCUCUCAGUCAUACUAGUCACAUUGAUGCAAUACAGACAGACAUGUAGGUCACAAACAGGCUAUUGGAUACAUACUGUAGGUUGUCUUUCAUUGGUCCGGUCAAAGGUGAGAAUAGAGCACGUCCUCAUGUGUUUACUUGUAUUGUUGUUCCUUAAGAAUAGAGCGAGUGGGUGUGUCUGUGGGUGGGUGUGAGUGUGUGCGAAUACCCUGUGCGACUAUACAGUUUCAUAGAGCCCCUGGAGUAUUGAGAGACUGUAAUCCCUCCCUGAUUUAUUGAGCUGACACAGACCAUCAGUCACACUGGAGACAAACUGCGUAGAACAGAAUGUGCACAUCCGGAACAUGUACUGCAAAGUCACUGCCACCUGCUCCAGUAUGACUGGUCUACAGACAUGACAUUUAUCACUCCCCAGGGAGGGCACUGACAAUGCUUCUCAGUCACUGGUUAUAUCAUACGGAUGGGUCAAUGCCAUUACUGGUAGCGCUGGCAGGCCACAGAUGAUUUAUAGAUCCAUGGAUCUGUGCAGUAUGCACAGGGAUCCUAUAAGCUUUAGUAUCUUAAUUAUACUGAACAAAAAUAUAAACGCAACAUGUAAAGUGUUGGUCCCAUGUUUCAUGAGCUGAAAUAAAAGAUCCCAGAAAUUUCCCAAACACACAAAAAGCUUAUUUCUCUCAAAUUCAGGACAAAUUUGUUUACAUCCCUGUUAGUGAGCAUUUUUCCUUUGCCAAGAUAAUCCAUCCACCUGACAGGUGUGACAUAUCAAGAAGCUGAUUAAACAGCAUGAUCAUUACACAGGUGCACCUUGUGCUGGGGACAAUAAAAGGCCACUAAAAUGUGCAGUUGUCACACAACACAAUGCCACAGAUGCCUCAAGUUUUGAGGGAGCGUGCAAUUGGCAUGCUGACUGCUGGAAUGUCCACUAGAGCUGUUGCCAGAGAAUUGAAUGUUAAUUUCUCUACCAUAAGCCGCCUCCAACGUUGUUUUUAGAGAAUUUGGCAGAAUUCCAACUGCCCUCACAACUGCAGACCUCGUGUAACCACGCCAGCCCAGGACCUCCAUAUCUGGCUUCUUCACCUGCGGGAUUGUCUGAGACCAGCCACCCGGACAGCUGAUGAAACUGAGGAGUAUUUCUGUCUGUAAUAAAGACCUUUUGUGGGGGAAAACUCAUUCUGAUUGGCUGGCUCCCCAGUGGGUGGGCCUGGCUCCCCAGUGGGUGGACCUAUGCCCUCCCAGGCCCACCCAUGGCUGCGCCCCUGCCCAGUCAUGUGAAAUCCAUAGAUUAGGGCCUCAUUGAUUUAUUUUAAUUGACUGAUUUCCUUAUAUGAACUGUAACUCAGUAAAAUCGUUGAAAUUGUUGCAUGUUGCGUUUAUAAUUUUGUUCAGUGUAAUUUCUAUGAGUGUGUGGUCUGGUCCAAUCAACCAGUUCAGAAACACAGAUCUACUGUGGGCAGGAAGUAGAGGGCUCCCUUGGGGCUGUGACAUCACUCAGCACAGGAAGUCAAUGAGUGGCUGGGUGGUCUGGUGGUUGUUGCCUUUUUUCCAUUGCCUUUGAUAUGACAGUCAUUGGCUUAUCUUGUCUCUUGGGGUAAUUGAAGAGUACUGGGUUUUAGAUCUUUUUCCAUGUCCAUAUUAGGAGGUUAAUAUACUGUACACGAUAUUAGAUGUAAAACAUGUCUGAGGAGUUCAAAUAUCUGUAUUGUUGACUUCUUAAAUUGUCCUUUAUUGACAAUGUUUGUCUCUCCUGUGCAGCGUUUGUCAUCUAUAACUUCCUGAGCCUGUGUUAUGAGUACCUGGGAGGAGAGAGCGCCAUCAUGGCUGAGAUCAGAGGAAAACCUAUCCAGUGAGUAUUUUCUUCCACUCUGUCGUGUGUGGUCUGUUUGUGUGUGUGUGUGUCUAGUCUACUUGUGUGUGUGUUUUAACAUCUCUCAUUAACUGAUUAUGUAUUUAACAAUCGUUUUCCUGCAUCCCCAGGUCCAGUUGUAUGUACGGUACGUGCUGUCUCUGGGGGAGGAGUUACUCCAUUGGGUUCCUGCGGUUCUGUAAGCAGGCCACGCUACAGUUCUGUGUGAUCAAACCCCUCAUGGCCGUGGUCACAGUCAUCCUACAGGCCUUUGGAAAGUACCGUGACGGAGACUUCAAGUACGACACUGUGGUUCUUGUUAUGCAAUUGUUAAAUAUCUCAUACAAAAAUGUAAUAAGUAUGUAUACAUAUAUUUUUUAUUAUAAGACUUUGAUUACCAAAACUAUGCGGUCCUGCUGUUUAGAUGGUUGUAAAUCCAGUGGUACAGAUUUGUCCUAAUGUUGGUUUACUCUCAAAUCUAAUCAACAGUCUUGUCCCUGUCUGUCCCCCCAGUGUGAAGAGUGGGUACCUGUAUGUGUCCAUCGUCUACAACAUCUCUGUGAGUCUGUCUCUCUACGCCCUCUUCCUCUUCUAUUUCUCCACCCGGGACCUGCUCAGCCCCUACAGCCCCCUGCUCAAGUUCUUCAUGGUCAAAUCUGUCAUCUUCCUCUCCUUCUGGCAGGGUGAGACGCAUACACACACACACACACACACACACACACACACACACACACACACACACACACACACACACACACUAAACAUCUAAAUACAGAUAUACAUUUUUCGAUCAUUGAAGCACUGUAGGCAAUUGAUUAUGAGUGAGGUCAUUCAUAUCAUAUUACAUGCCCAAGUCAAUAUCAUUAUACUAUAGGACUGUAGUCAUUCUCCACAUAUCUGUUUAUUCAUCUGUUUAUUUUCCAUCAGGCAUGUUGCUGGCCAUCCUAGAGAAGUGUGGGGCCAUCCCCAAAAUCAACUCACCCGAGGUGUCAGUGGGAGAGGGAACAGUUGCCGCCGGUUACCAGAACUUCAUUGUCUGCAUCGAGAUGUUCUUUGCCUCCCUGGCCCUGCGUCAUGCCUUCACAUACAAGGUCUACAUGGACAAGAGGCUGGACUCUCUCUCUCAGGGUAAGGAGACUGAGUUUUAGCUGUAUUAAAUACUGUGGUGACCUACUUGACAUUGGUCCAGCUCAUGGUACUCAUGGUAUAGUAUCUUUGCAGAACCUAUCUUCUCUAUAUAAUAUGAUGUCACAUCUUCUCUUUUUACUGACUCACACUCACUUUCUCUCUCUUCCCUUGUCAACAUACAUUUCCCAAUUUGUCCUCAUCCUCUCCAUACCCCUUUAUUUCCUAUAUUGUGGCACUUUUUAAAAUCUUUAUUUCCCUUUAUCAUCUCCUCCCAUUCAUCUUUGGUUUUGGAAAACCUCCUUUUCCUCGUUCUUUUUAUAAACUCCCUCCUUGGUCCAUUGGUCAUCCCUCCACUUCGUAUUCUCUGGGUCAUUUUGUCUGGCUUAUUCUUCCUUCCAUAUCCUUGCCCCUUUGUCUUUCUCUUUCCCCAUGCCGCGUUAUAAAGGCCCAGUUCCUAUAUUUGGAGAGUAUGGUAGGUCUACCACUGAUUGUCUCUUCACCAUCUUUACGCUUCUUUUUACUUUUUACAAUCCUAUGUUCAAUAUUGUGUUCCUUUUGUCUUACUUUGAAUUAAAUGUUGCUUUCUGUGAAAUCAGUGGUUGUUAUUGUUGCUGUUUUUACGUUCACUGUAGCAAGCUUCCAAAAGUGAUUAUCCACUGUGUUUAGGUUUUACAUUAUUCACAAUUACUACAAAACUCUUACUUUACCUUUUUGAUAUUUUAUCUAUUGUCCUUUCUUCCACCCCCCUUCUCCCAGGUCGCUGUGCUCCCAUGAAGAGCAUCUCCAGCAGCCUGAAGGAGACGAUGAACCCUGGAGACAUGGUACAGGAUGCCAUCCAUAACUUCUCCCCGGCCUACCAGCAGUACACCCAGCAGUCCACCCUGGAACAGGGUCACUCUGCCCCGCCUGCGUCCAACACACACAGCACCGUCAGCACCCGCGACAAUGAAAAGACCCUGCUGCUCAGCUCAGACGACGAGUUCUAA